CAAACUAAUAUGUUUUUUUUUUUUUUAACUAACUUUUCAAUAUAAAGGGAUUGUGGAAGAGUGCCAUGGAAGGGAAAUAUGGUCAAAAUGGGGGGCAUUGGCUGGAUUGGGUGCAAGAUGGCAGAAAUGUAGGAUCGCUAUGGUGGAGAGACGUACGAAACCUCAAUGUGGGGGAUGGGGCAAAUGGGGGGUGGUUGUCAUCAGGAUUUAGGAUGAAGAUAGGAGAGGGGAAAGAUGGGAGUUUCUGGUGGGAUGAGUGGUGUGGGGAGGUUUGCUUGGCUAACAAAUUUCCUAGAUUAUAUCUCUUAUCAACAGGGAAGGAAAACAAGUGCCAUCAAAUGGGCCAAAACGUCAACGGCACAUGGAAAUGGAUCCUUGAAUGGAGAAGAACUUUGUUCGAGUGGGAAGAGGAGGACGCAAAGCAACUUAAAAGGACGAUUGAGAAUGUGACGAUCACACCUGGCCAACCGGACAAAUGGGAAUGGAUUCAUAGCAUCGAAGGUCAUUACUCAACAAAAACAGCUUACUUGAUGUUAGUAAAACAAAGAAGAGAACCGGAGGAAGCUAAAUUAUUCAAAAGAAUAUGGAGCAAGAUUCUCCCAAGCAAAGUUGCAGCUUUCAACUGGAAAGUAAUACUGGACAGAAUUCCAAAAAAGAUAAACUUGCUCAAAAGAGGAAUUGUUAAAGAUACAGGAGAUAGAAAGUGUGUUUUGUGUGAGAAUGAGGAUGAAGACUCUAACCAUCUGUUCUUGAACUGCAGUAUAGCUAGAAGGUUGUGGCAGGCAUGUGCAAAUUGGUGGGGAAUCACUGUCACAUUACAUAAGGAUUGUUGGAAAACCUUUCAAAAUUUUGGAGCAUGGACCACAAGCUCACGGAUUGCAGAAGGAUGGGAUUGCACAUGGAACUCAUUUAUUUGGUCAGUAUGGAUGGCCCGAAAUGGGAAGAUGUUCCAGAAUUUGAAGGUAAACUGAACCAAACUGUUUGAACUUAUUCAAUUGCGCUCUUUUGCAUGGAUUAAGGCUAGAAAAGCCAAAUGUUACUUUAAUAUUUCAAAUUGGUUAAACAACCCUGCUUUAUGUCUUUCUAUUAACUGUGGGAGGAAAAAGUAGAUGUAGAAGGGAGGGUCUGAAAGAUGGGAUUAACAUUGGAAGGCUUCUAUUCAGCUUUUGUAAACGAGUUUGAGUACCCCUUGUACUCAGGUAGUAAUUAAAGUAUACUUUGCUGU